AUGGCUUCUUUGAGUCUUGACGGAUCACCUACUCCCCGCAAGAAGACGCCUCUCAACUUCUUCCUCCACGACGAGGACCAAUUCGAAGACGAAAAUACUCAUAUCUCUGGUGGUGCUGUAGGUNNUUUUGGCUUUGUAAUCAUGUUUCGUUCCUUCGACUUAACCUUCGCUCAGCAGCAACCUAAGCGCGACACCAACACUGCCGUCUCGAACGCUGUGCCUCUCACUACCUCACGCUUCGGCAACCAACUGCCUCCCCCUCCUCCCAGCACUCGCAACUCUUCCUACAAGGGUCAAGUCGCUAUGCCCACCAUAUCUAUACCUCCCAACGGUCUCGGCCUUGAUAUCUCACACGCCCCUCCGGCUCGCAACUUGCACCUUGAAGAACUCUUGGCCAAGCUGUCUGAGCAGCAAGUCCUCCUCAGCAAGCAGAGCUCUGCCCUUCAUGCUCAGCGUGGUGGUGAGACGUCUCCAGACUCUUCCGGCUCUGGUGCACUUACCAACCCUUACGCCACCACUCCUCGCACUGACUCCCAGUUCAACGACGUCUCUCAAGCUGAUCUGGCCGAGAUGUUGCGUCUUAAGAAGGAGCUUGAGACUGCUCAGACCCAGAUUGCUCGCAUGGACCAGGAGUUGUCUCAGUCUCGCAUCACCAAGCACACUCUUGAGCAAGCCAUGGGCUCUCAGUUCGACUCGGACUUUGACCACAUCCGCGACCUUCGCCCUCAAGGUGUCGCUGCCCGCGUCGACAACUGGGUCCAGUCAACUGAGCCAGGUGUUCCUCCCAUCAACGCCAAUCCUAACAUCAACGCCACCCACAUGGCCCCUCCUCCUGCCCGUGGUAUCUGGGGCUCGGGACCUUCCUUCGGCCCUGGUGGUGCUGGAGGUCCUAGCGGCCCUGGAGGCCCUGGUGUUAUCGGCCAAGUACUCAACAACACCAACAACUGGCCUCUCAAUGACCCUCGUGCCAUGGCUGGUGCUCGUCCGGAGGUCAACAAUGCCAACAUGUUCCCCAUCGGCCCCAACACUCGUGGCUGUCCUCCUGCUCUGCGCAUUGACACGACUGCAAUGGGUCCCUAUCUUAGCGAGCCAUCCUCCGCCGCUGAUUUGUCCAUGCGCAGUGGUCUCAGUCGUCCAGCUUCGGCUUUCGGCAACCACCUUCACCCUUGGGGCCAGUUCAGCCCUAACGUCAACGCAUCUGAUCAUUCCGGUCUCACUCCACCCUUGACACCACUCUCUUUCCAGUCAAUGCAGAACAUGCACAACAUCGCCGGAAUGCCUCACCCUAUGUCUGACCAAGCCUUGAUGAACAAUAUAUCCUUCGGUUCCAGAUCCAACGGCACCAGAUUGUCACCCACUGCCGCCGAGUUCCAGGCCGGUGGCUACGCCAACGCUGGAUGGAACAUGAGCNNCCGCAGCUAUCUCACCAACGCCGAGCCCAUGAACUACCGCCGUCUUCUGGACCGCAACAUGAGCUGCAACUGGAAGUACAUUGUCGACAAGAUCGUCCACAGCAACGACCAGCAGGCAUCCAUCUUCCUGCAGCAGAAGCUCAAGGUCGGCACUCAGGAGCAGAAGUAUGAGAUUGUCCAGGCCAUCAUUGACCAGGCUUACCCUCUCAUGAUCAACCGCUUCGGCAACUUCCUGGUCCAGCGCUGCUUCGAGCAUGGUACUCCUGAGCAGAUCAUCGCCAUUGCCCGUGCUAUUCGCGGCAACACUCUCAACCUGAGCAUGGAUCCCUUUGGCUGCCACGUUGUCCAGAAGGCAUUCGACAGCGUUCCUGAGGAGUACAAGGCCAUCAUGGUCCACGAGCUCCUGCGUCGCAUCCCCGAGACGGUUAUUCACCGCUACGCCUGCCACGUCUGGCAGAAGCUGUUCGAGCUCCGCUGGAGCGACACUCCUCCNCAGAUCAUGAAGUAUGUCAACGAGGCUCUCCGCGGCAUGUGGCACGAGGUUGCCCUCGGCGAGACUGGCAGUCUUGUCGUUCAGAACAUCUUCGAGAACUGCCUUGAGGAUGACAAGCGUCCCUGCAUCAACGAAGUCCUUGCCAGCAUUGAUGUCAUCGCCCAUGGCCAAUUCGGCAACUGGUGCAUCCAGCACAUCUGCGAGCACGGCGCCAUUCCUGACCGCAACCACGCCAUUGACCACGUCCUUCGCUUCGCCACCGAGUACAGCAUGGAUCAGUUUGCCAGCAAGGUUGUCGAGAAGUGCCUCAAGAUUGGCGGCACCGAGUUCCUUGACCGUUACCUCGACCGUGUGUGCGAGGCUCGUGCCGACCGCCCUCGCAUGCCUCUCAUCGACGUCGCCGGCGACCAGUUCGGAAACUACUUGAUCCAGUACAUUCUGAGCCACGCCGAUGCUCAGCGUCGCGAGGUCGUCGCCACUCACAUCCGCAAGCACAUGGUCUCNCUUCGUGGCUCCAAGUACGGUUCUCGCGUGGCCAUGCUCUGCUGCAACCCUGCUGUCGCCACUCGUCCUGGCCCUCCUACUGGUAUUCCUAUGGGUCGCAACGCUGGCGGCUUCGGUGAGCGUCCUUACAACGGUCCCCGUGGCUUCCCCUACGGUGGAGCCUACCGCUGA